CGCGCAGGGCUGGCCGCUGUCACACGCGCCCGGUGCCCCUGCUCGGUCCCGUCCCGCGCGCACCCGGCGCCCGGCGCACACUCGCGCUCUGGGACCGAAUCCGGCCCCUCUCCGAAACUCCUCAUGGGCCCCGAGGCCGCCUGCCCGGGGAGGGACCUCCUGUCUCGCCUCCGGGCGAGGACCUGGAUCGAGCCCGUGGUGGCCUCCACGCAGGUGGCCGCCUCCCUCUACGAGGCGGGGCUGCUCCUCGUGGUGAAGGCGUCCUUCGGAGCCGGGGCCUCCUCCAACCACAGCGCCAGCCCGUCGCCCCGGGGCGCCCUGGAGGACCAGCAGCAGAGGGCCAUCUCCAAUUUCUACAUCGUCUACAACCUCGUGGUGGGCCUGACGCCCCUGCUGUCCGCCUACGGCCUGGGCUGGCUCAGCGACCGCUACCACCGCAAGAUCUCCGUCUGCGUGUCCCUGCUGGGCUUCCUGCUCUCCCGCCUCGGGCUGCUCCUCAAGGUGCUGCUGGACUGGCCCGUGGAGGUGCUGUACGGCGCGGCGGCGCUGAACGGGCUGUGCGGCGGCUUCUCGGCCUUCUGGUCGGGCGUCAUGGCCCUGGGCUCCCUGGGCUCCUCCGAGGGCCGCCGCUCCCUACGCCUCAUCCUCCUCGACCUGAUCCUGGGCCUGGCGGGAUUCUGCGGGAGCAUGGCCUCCGGGCAUCUCUUCAAGCAGAUGACGGGGCACUCCGGGCAGGGCCUGGUGCUGACGGCCUGCAGCGUGAGCUGUGCCACUUUCGCCCUUUUCUACAGCCUCUUGGUCCUGAAGGUCCCUGAGUCGAUGGCAGGUCCCAGCAAGGCGCUCCCCACCGUGAAUACGGUGUCGGGCACGGUUGGCACCUAUCGUGCCCUGGAUCCUGAUCAGUUAGACAAGCAGAGUGUGGUGGGGCACCCUCCCUCUCCUGGGAAAGCACAGCCCCCAAGGACUAUCAUUGCCCUGCUCUUUCUGGGUGCCAUCAUAUAUGACCUGGCCGUGGUGGGCACAGUGGAUGUGAUACCCCUUUUCCUGCUAAGGGAGCCUCUCAGUUGGAACCAGGUGCAGGUGGGCUAUGGUAUGGCUGCGGGGUACACCAUCUUCAUCACCAGCUUCCUGGGCGUCCUGGUCUUCUCCCGCUGCUUGCAGGACACCACCAUGAUCAUGAUCGGUAUGGUCUCUUUUGGGUCAGGAGCCCUCCUCUUGGCGUUUGUGAAAGAGACAUACAUGUUCUACAUUGCCCGAGCCGUCAUGCUGUUCGCUCUCAUCCCCAUCACAACCAUCCGAUCAGCAAUGUCCAAACUCAUAAAGGGCUCUUCUUAUGGAAAGGUGUUCGUCAUCCUGCAGCUGUCCCUGGCUCUGACUGGGGUGGUGACCUCCACGGUGUACAACAAGAUCUAUCAGCUCACCAUGGAAAAGUUCGUCGGCACCUGUUUUGCUCUCUCCUCCGUUCUCUCCUUCCUGGCCAUCAUCCCAAUUGGCAUCGUGGCCUAUAAACAAGCCUCGUGGUUGCAAUAUGGAGACAUCACAGAGACAUGAAGGCGCUGACCUACGGGAGCUGCGAGGACCAGCAACGGCAGAGGCCCUCUGAAGGCAAAGGAAGGGACUGGGUGCUGGUGAUCAAGGCAACCCACCGCCCCCAAACCCCAAGUCCCAGCCAGAGUUGGCCUCAGAAUGACCCGCUCUGGCUCAGGGGUCCCUGGUGGGUGGGGAACAGCACUUUCUUGGUGAUAGAAGUACUUUCUCAGCUUUCAGAUGUCCCUGCUAGACAGAGGUUGGGUUCCGGGGGCAGUAGAGUGUGAAAUUUCAAGGGUUAUAUGCAGGCUGCAAACACAGUCAUGCCAGACACACAAGGGGCUUCAGACGGUAGCCCCCUUUCUUUCAGGAACUGUCUCCAGGGCUCCCAAGGUACAGCUAAAUAGUCACCUGGGUGCUGUGCUGGGAGUCCCAUGUGAAAACUCAAAGCAUACAUUUUCAACAGCCUAAGGGGAACACAGAGUGGAUGUUUUAUAAGAACUCCCAAUGUUUUAGAAGAUUUGGGGCUCCGGCUCUUGGCUUCAGGGUAGUUUUAUUGCCGUUGUUACUGUUGCUUUUAAGAAGCAAAUAUCAAAAGACUUUCUUUAGUGGAAUAUUAUACUGAAUAUUUUCAGUCAACAAUACUUCCCAAAGUGGGUGGUGUGAAGGGAGAGGGGAGUGGAGAUAUGCUAAGAGCCAUUUUAUGUUGAGGUACCUAUUUUUAUAGCCUAUUUUACUUACAUACAGAAAAGCAGACUCACUUCCUAAUAAAAUUGACAUUUAUUGUA